CAUUGUUGCUCAUAAAGCAUCUACUGGCUAUUCCAAUCAGUGAAGUGGAACCUUCCAUGAAAAAAGAAAUUCAUAAAGAGAAAACGGAGAGACUUGAAAAACGAACACCAACAAGGGCAAUUCACAGAGAUAAACCUGAAAAACAAGAAAAAAUUGAGAGGAAGGAACCCCUAAAGGUGACACAUAAAGACAAAGUGGAAAGACAAGAAAAACCGGAAAAAAAGGAAAGGCACGCAGCUAUUCACAAAGACAAACCUGAAAGACAUGAAAAAACUGAAAAGAAACCUCCUCCCAAAGAGGAGAAGAAAGUAAAGAGCGCUAAAGUGGAAGCAAAAGUUAAAAAGGAAGUGAAGGAUGGAAAAGGAGAAACAAAGGCGGCCGAGAAGGUCAAGCAGACAGAGAUUAAACCAACAGAAACUGGGCUAAUAAAGGCCAAAACGAAAGUUAAGGAAGAGAAAGCUCUUCAGACUGUAUCUAAAUCGGACAAGAAAGAUCAAUAUGCAUUCUGUCGCUAUGUGAUUGACAUGUUUGCGCAAGGGGAUUUUUAUCCAGGACAUAAGGAAUUUGUACCACCUCGUCUUCUUCUAGAACACAGUCCAAGAAAGAAACCAGCAGCUAUUGAAGAAGAAAAGUCUAUUGUGGUACCUAAAGAAGUGAAAAAGAGAAAAGAGGAAAAGAAGAAGACUGAUGAAAAAAGAAGUAAGACUGAAACGAAAAUGAAAGGUAAGAGUUGGAAAUGUUUCUCACUGGCCUUAUUCAGCUUUUACUCACACUCCUGGCUCAUUUCUCUUUGUUUUUUGUUGUAUUAA